AUGCUGAGUCUCACGCUUAUACUGCUCGGUGCGACGAGCAUUCUAGCCGCCCCUUCAGCAGUUGUCGACUUAUACGAAGUUAAUGAAAUCCCAGCCCUCGCUGACAACGGCAGACCAAGCUCCUUCAUCGAGAACGCUUUCGACGUCGCUACCGAUGGCGGCGAGACAAACAUAUACAUCUUGUCACUGCGGCAAGUCCUCCAGGACCUGGCCAACCUCUCUGAUACCAACAGCCAAGCUCUGGCUGUAAGUCAAGCCUUGGCAAUCCUAGGAGAGCUGGCUUACGGGAGCCCUGGUGAUAGCUGUUCCGCUGCUUCUCUCAUCAACGCCUACGUCAAUGGCAACAAAGCUGAGAUUCGCAACGCGCUCGUCAACUACGCCCAAAACCUGGCGGGCAACAUCGACGCCAUCGUGCAGCUGAUCCAAAACCCAAGCUCCAUCCGUUACUCUACCGGAAGACGUGGUAACUGCGCUGGAGGUGGCAGAAGCUACCAAUUCGAGGCUGCUUGGGACGCCGUCUUGACCAGCGUCAAUCCAUACCAAGCUAGUUUGGUCAACGAGGAGUACUGCGCCAGUAAAAGGCUGUACAACGCCUUCAACGUGCGUAGCAACAACGUAGGCGCGGCGGCCACCGCUUCCUCCUUGCCCCCAGUUGUCCAGAUCGUACAGAGCGCUUAUGGCGCACUGUCUAACUUGCUGAGAUCAGUCGCUUACAACGGCAACGUAGCCGGCGCCGGUGCCGCAGCCAAGGCCGGUCUCAUCCAAGCUCUGUCCAGCGUCAAUAUC